CCGGCGCUACCACCCCGACCGCUACCGGCCCGAGCCGGGCGAUGGCCCCGGGGGCGCGCCGCCGAGCGCCGAGGCUUUCCUGCUGGUGGCGACCGCCUACGAGACGCUCAAGGAUGAAGAAACACGGAAAGACUAUGACUACAUGCUGGAUCACCCGGAAGAAUACUAUAGCCAUUACUACCACUACUACAGCAGACGCCUAGCCCCGAGAGUGGAUGUUAGGGUGGUGAUUUUGGUCAGUGUGUGCGCCAUUUCCAUGUUCCAGUAUUUCAGCUGGUGGAAUAGCUACAAUAAAGCUAUCAGCUACCUAGCCACGGUGCCCAAAUACCGCAUCCAGGCAACAGAGAUUGCCAAGGAGCAGGGACUGCUCAGGAAAGCCAAGGAGAAAGGGAAAAACAAGAAGUCCAAAGAAGAGAUCCGGGACGAGGAGGAGAGCAUCAUCAAGAACAUUAUCAAAAGUAAGAUAGACAUAAAAGGGGGCUACCAGAAACCCCAAGUCCGGGACCUCCUCCUGUUUCAAGUCAUCCUGGCUCCUUUUCACCUGUGCUCGUACAUAGCUUGGUACUGCCGGUGGGUCUAUAACUUUAAUAUCAAAGGCAAAGAGUACGGGGAGGAGGAGAGACUCUACCUCAUCCGCAAGUCUAUGAAGAUGUCCCAGUCUCAGUUUGACAGCCUGGAGGACCAUCAGAAAGAAACGUUUCUUAAGCGGGAGCUUUGGAUAAAGGAGAAUUACGAGGUCUACAAGCAGGAGCAAGAGGAAGAGCUAAAGAAAAAGUUGGCCAAUGACCCUCGGUGGAAGCGCUACCGGAGAUGGAUGAAGAACGAAGGGCCUGGACGGCUAACGUUUGUGGAUGACUGAAGAUGGAUGGGAGGCUGCCCUGCCAAACCGGAAGUGUCAUAGUGUUUUCACAGCAGUUACGGGGAGCUGUGUCUGCUGCUCUCCGCAGUAGCCCAAGUUCAUGAGAGUCCGAUUAAACAAACUAAUGUAGAAAUUCAACUUUCCCAUCAAACUUUAUACAAGAGACAUUUAUGAUGUUCAAUUUUUAUAAUCUAUUUGUGGAUUUUGUUAAAAAAGAUUUGACAUGGGGAUUUAUUAGUUACCAUUUAAAAUUUUUAUAUGUUUAGUUAAAUUUGACAUGAAAUUUAUUAGAUACCAUUUAAAACUUCUGUGUGAAGUGUUCCUUCUUCAA